AUGGCACUGCAAGGGCAAGUGCCCUGGGCCCUGGCCCUAGCCGGCCGAGAGCUCGCGGCGCAAAGGAGGUCGCUGGCCCUCACUGCACUGGGCAAUGCUCCUUUGCUCUUAGCGGGAUCUCGACGCAGACACCGUAAAGGAACUGUGGCCCGACGCAGCUUGGAGAGCCAAAGUUGGAGCCCUUCGAGCUCUGCAAGCCCUGUCGACGACUGGCACUCUGGUCGCCUCAGUGCAUUGUCCUCGGGACUUGACUGGACGCGAUGCUUCGUCUCCGUCCUCUUCGUUGACUCGGCUCAGACUCCGGGAUACGUCCGCGCACGCUUGGCCCAGCGCCUGGCAGAUGCUGCCGCUGAGUGGAACGGCAUGGGACGCGUCCUGGAGUUCUACGCUUGCUCGUCGCGCGAGCAGCCCGACAGCUCCGACGGCAUUUCAGAAGUUUUCUCGGAAGCCGGGAUGGUCAAGGACAGCAUCUCUGAGUUCGCCCAAAACGUAGGGAUGGACUCAGAGGAGCUUCAGCAGAUUUUCCGGAAGCUGGGUGCUGGUAUGUGGGCUUCCUUGAGCCAGGAAGCUUUGCGUGAGCACGAUGUUAUUGUUGCGUUGGACGAUGCGGCUGCAACUGCUGUCAAUGAAGAGCUGAUUCGACAGGGAUUACCCGCAGGAUGCAUGCUCUUGAGCGAUUUCGAGUGGCAGCUGUUGCGUAAGAAGGAGGCCUUUCUUCAGACAAGCUGUGCCGAUGGCUCUGGCGAGCGCUUUCAAACAAUGGAAUCGUUGCAGGCAAUGGAGAGACAUGUUUUCGAGUUUGGGGAGGAUCGAAGAAGUGUGGCCGACCUGAACGUUCCUCCUUGGCCUCGCAGACCUGUGGGUCUGGGCAAAGAUGACAGUAGCGUCGGGGACUGGCGGCGCUUGCAUGCUGCGCUUCUGCAGGGCAGCUGGGGCAUCGUGUGGUUCCUGUUCUUGUCCUGGCAGGCCAACUAUUGCAACCCAUUGAGUCAAGCUUUCGACCACUAUGACGCUUUCCCUCGUAAAGAAGAGCCCUCCACGCCUGACGAGCAAUAA